CGCACUUGCUGAGCCCCCGCUCGGCCCCUCCCGUCUCGUCGCUGCCGGGGAACCCGCUGCUUCCCCGUGCUCAUCGGUGCUCUCACGCGAUGCCCCGUCUCGGGACCCCGGAUUCGGGCCGUGUGGGGAGAAACGAGGGUGACUUUUCAGGGUGUGAUGUGGAGUCCCUGGCCUGUCGCCCAUCUCGGCUUGAUCAAAGACCACUAGGGUGGUGGUAAGAGGGAUUCUCAGGCGGGAUUUAUACAAAAUGUGUGUAAUUGUCAAAAUUUCCUUGCUUUACAUUAUUUACUCUAACGGGGGAUUGUUGCCACGUUUCCUAAGGAUAAAGAAUCGCACUGCUCUGGUGGGCCUCCUCCUCGUCACCGUGGUUAAUUAGCAUUUGGAACAUCAGGGUGUGCUGGAAGCUGGCGGAGCUCCCAGACCCUGGUAGUUAAUUGAUCCGCGCAGUGGAGGCGGCGGCGGCGCACUGUUCCUCCGUGGUGAUGGGCUUCUGCGUUCCUUUGACGGUGUUCAGUGUCUUCUCCCUGGGUCUGUUAUCCCCACAGUCUCUUUGGGCCUGAUACAGUGCUGUUGUUACUGAGAAAGGGACGAAGGGACCACUGAAGUGGGCUUGGCUGUCCCCACUGCCCUGGAACCGGAUUGUCCUGAGGGGACAUUCAUUUACUAUUCUGUGACUUGUUUAACUGAUUAGUUUACUUCUCUGCCCCCUCCUCCCCCCUUGAAAGCAUGGGGUGCUGUUUGGGGAGACCUGCGGGGAAGGCCUAGCAGGAAGAAUGGUAUAAAAAUGAAAAAAACAUCAACAUGUGCUUUGGAUGUGGCAAGAAAAGAAUUGGGCUGCUGUCACGAGUGCUGGAGUUCAGGCCUUUACACUGGAGGAAAGUGAGGUGUAAACUCUGAUUUCCUAGUUCUAAUAAGCAUCUCUUCUUGGGAACUGGAAAUUUCCAAAAAAAGGAGAAGAAAAAUGUGCUUCUUAAAUCAACCCCAGCCUCUCCUAUCUACAAAGAACACUAGCAGAAAAGAAGCUGACUAAAGUGAAAGCUUGCCUGCAGCUCGAAGAAAGAAAGCCAUGGAGUUCUGAGGAGCGGAGGUAGCACGGUGUCGGCCAUGGGUGUCAGGACACAGCCAGACAAUGUGGACCAAUUUCUUCAGAUUGCGGCUUUUCUGCUGUCUGCUGGCAGUGCUGAUGGUGGUGGUGCUGGUCAUCAACGUCACUCAGGUAGAGUACUUGGACCAUGAGACUGUUUCAGCCACGUUCAUCGACAGUAGUGGACAGUUUGUUUCCCCCCAGGUGUCAGGAAUUAGCCGGAAUCCUUACUGUGGCUAUGAGCACCAGACUUUGUCCAGCCGAGAGCGCAUAGAGGAGAACUCCUUGCUGGCUGCCUUACAGUGGCAGGUGCCUGAUGUGGGCCCAGUCCCGUUUUUGAAGAGCACUGACCCUUCUUCCAGCUACUUUGUCAUCUUGAACUCUGCAGCCUUCUUCAAGGUGGGAAGCCAGCUAGAGGUGCUGGUUCAUGUACAGGAUUUUCAAAGAAAGCCCAAGAAGUAUGGUGGAGACUACCUGCAGGCCAGAAUCCACUCGCCUAAGCUGCAGGCAGGGGCCGUGGGCAGAGUGGUAGACUACCAGAAUGGGUUUUACAAGGUCUUUUUUACGUUGCUCUGGCCAGGCAAAGUUAAAGUGUCCAUAUCUCUGGUCCACCCCAGCGAAGGGAUCAGAGUUCUUCAGCACCUACAGGAAGAGAAACCAGACAGGGUCUAUUUCAAGAGUCUCUUCCGUUCAGGAAGAAUUUCUGAAACUACUGAGUGCAACGUGUGUCUUCCUAGGAGCCUGCCUCUGUGUAACUUCACAGAUCUCUACACUGGAGAACCCUGGUUCUGCUUCAAACCAAAGAAGCUGCCUUGCAGCAGCAGAAUUAACCAUUUCAAAGGCGGAUACCUGAAGGGCCUUCUCACUGCUGCUGAGAAUGCUUUCUUCCAGAGUGGUGUCAAUAUCAAAAUGCCAGUCAACUCCAGUGGACCUGACUGGGUGACCGUGAUUCCCAGAAGGAUGCAAGAAACUAACAACUUUGACCUAUCUCAAGGCUCAGGAACUUUUCCUUCCGGGUAUUAUUACAGAGAUCAGUGGAGGCCCAGAAGGUUUAAGAUGCGCCAGUUUAAUGACCCUGACAACGUUACAGAAUGCUUGCAAAGAAAAGUGGUGUAUUUAUUUGGUGACUCGACAAUCAGGCAGUGGUUUGAAUACCUUACUACAUUUGUUCCAGAUUUGGUAGAAUUUAACUUGGGUAGUCCCAAGAAUGUGGGUCCCUUCCUUGCGGUGGACCAGAAGCACAACAUCCUGCUCAGAUACCGCUGCCAUGGUCCCCCCAUCCGCUUCACCACUGUCUUUAGCAAUGAGCUCCGUUAUGUGGCAAAUGAGCUGAAUGGCAUCGUGGGAGGGAAGAACACAGUGGUGGCCAUAGCUGUAUGGUCUCAUUUCAGCACCUUCCCCUUGGAAGUGUAUAUCCGGCGACUCAGAAACAUCCGUCGAGCAGUGGUCCAGCUCCUGGAUCGAAGUCCUAAGACCAUAGUAGUCAUCCGAACAGCCAACGCCCAAGAGCUGGGGCCUGAGGUGAGCCUUUUCAACAGCGACUGGUACAACUUUCAGCUGGACACCAUCCUUCGGAAGAUGUUCUCAGGGGUUGGAGUAUAUCUCGUUGAUGCCUGGGAGAUGACCCUGGCCCAUUAUCUACCCCACAAGCUACAUCCAGAUGAAGUUAUUGUGAAGAACCAACUGGACAUGUUCUUGUCUUUUGUCUGCCCUGUGGAGACCUAGCCUGCCCUGAGGGGACUGAAGAAAUCACAUUCAGUGACUUUCUCCACCAACUGCAUUACAGAAAGUUUAUGGUGGCCCCAUGGAGAGAUGGGUGCCAUUCAUAUGUACAAAAUUUCAAAAAGAGCUAGACUUUAUAUAAUGACUUGUAAGGAGCUUAGAAAAUGCAAGUUUACAUUUAUAUCUACCUAUAGGAUUUUUUCCAAUCUUGACUUAGCCAUGGGAGAACUAUUAUUAACAGCAUCUACACUAUAAUGCCCUUGUAACCAAAGAUGCUAAUGAGUGUGUUUGAACUAGCUUCUUCUGGGAGGGGAGAUUACUGGGCUAAAAAGUGUGAGAAAUAUUCCAACCUAAAUGGAAGGGACAGGUUUGGUUGGCAUAGAGUGCUUGUAGCUUAUCUGGUAGAGGACAUUGAGCAUAUCUGCAUGAAUAGCACACUUGGUCCACCUUCUCGGGUGAACUACUGAGGCUCAUAGUCAGUGGCUCCUGUACCACACUGAAGACUCUGUCUCAGGAGUUUCUCUUGAUGACCCACUUUUUCUGAAUUAACUGAAGAAGCUAGUGUCGUUGGUCAGGAUUUUCAGUGAGACUGUUUACACUGUCCUGUGUUUGUCUGGAAAAGAAGCAAAAGGGAAAUCUGAAAGCAGUAUAUGUCAAAUCCAUGCGUUGAAUCGACAGUUGCAUUGGGUGAUUGUUAUUUAUUUGAUUCAGCUAAACUUUACGUGAUGAAUCCUUAUUCUAAAAUAACCACUUUUGGAACUGGAAGGGGGGAAAUCUAUAAAGGGAAAUCUAUUUUUGUGUUCUGAAGUUUGAGGGUUUUAAGAAUUGACUUUCAUGUAAAGAAUGCUAUUGUUUGUUAUAAAGUUGUGGAAAUUACUUC